AUGGGAUCCACCGAUUACAAGUUCGAGGGAUGGAUGGGCCUCGACAAGGAGGCUGCCAAGGGCAAGAUGGUCUGGCAAGAGUUCGAGCCCAAGCCAUGGGAAGAGACCGACAUUGAUAUUCGAGUGACGCACUGCGGUAUCUGUGGCUCUGAUUUGCACACUCUGCGCAGUGGAUGGGGACCUACUACCUACCCGUGCUGUGUUGGACAUGAGAUUGUUGGAGUUGCCGUGCGAGUAGGCUCCAAGGCUGAGGGAGAUAUCAAGGUCGGAGACCGCGUGGGCGUCGGUGCACAGAGUGGAUCUUGCCUGAAUGUCAAUGGCGACUGCGAGGCCUGCGCCAACGGUCUCGAGCAACACUGCAACCGCAUGGUUGGCACAUACAACGGCACGUAUGCCAACGGUGGCAAGUCAUAUGGCGGUUAUUCCCUGUACAACCGGUCUCCGUCGCACUUUGUUAUCAAGAUCCCCGAUGCUAUCCCCUCCGCCGAGGCCGCGCCCAUGCUCUGCGGUGGUAUCACCACCUACUCUCCCCUGCGUCAGCACGGCUGUGGCCCUGGCAAGAAGGUCGGCAUCGUUGGCGUUGGUGGCCUGGGCCACUUUGGUAUUCUCUUCGCCAAGGCCCUGGGUGCCGACCGUGUUGUCGCCAUCUCUCGCAAGGCCAAUAAGAGAGAGGAUGCGCUGAAGCUGGGUGCUGAUGCUUACAUCGCGACUGAUGACGACGCCAACUGGGUGAAGCACCACGCUCAGUCCCUGGACCUGAUCAUCUCCACUGUGUCCUCAUCGAAGAUGCCCAUCAUGGGAUAUUGUCAGCUGCUGCGCACUCGCGGUACGUUCGUCCAGCUGGGUGCCCCCGAAGAUGGCGGCCUCGAGAUCCCAGCUUUUGCAUUGAUUGCCAAGGGCAUCAAGCUUGGUGGUUCGUUGAUUGGUAGCCCUGAUGAGAUUCGGGAGAUGCUGGACCUUGCUGUUGCCAAGCAGGUCAAGCCGUGGGUUGAGGAACGCCCCAUGAAGGAAGCCAACCAGGCCAUCCAGGACAUGAGUGAUGGCAAGGCACGUUUCCGUCUGGUGCUGAAGAACGAGUGGUAA